AAUGGACUAAUGGACUUAUGAUUUCGAAUCUCAAUAUCAACCAACCUUUGGAUAUUCAAGUUUCUUUCAAUUCAUAUCUUGCACUUAAUUUCAAUACAUAUAUAUAUUCGACAAUUACAAAAUGGCCAAAAUGGACGACCUUCCUUCAGAAAUCAUUCUCAAUAUUACUUCAUGUGACUAUACUCCGAAUUUCCUUCAUAAAUUGACAAAUAACUACUAACAUUAUUUCCUGCAAAUAGAUCUAGAACCUUCAGAUAUCGUCAAACUACAAUUCGUUUCCAAACGAUAUUUAGAACUUGGUCGCGAUGAUACUCUCUGGCGAGAACAAUGUUUCACGCAUUCCUCGUUUCUCGACAAGCUCCGCAGACGUCAAGAAUUAAUAUCUUCCGAAACCGAAGACGAUUCCGGAAUGCGUGAAUUAGCCAUAGCUCUCGCUACAAACAAUGGAACCGGCGAUUCGAGACUGCAUAAACCUCGCCAGGAAGCUCGAGACUUUAGGAGUAAAGCAAACGAGAGGAUUAGAAUAUUGGCGAAUUGGGAUCCGAGUUAUCCGACGGAGAAGGUUAAGUGGUAUGAUGAGUAUAUAGCGAGAAAUGCGCCCAUUUCAACUAGUUGGUUGCAGCAGCCUCGUCAUCGCGAAAGUGCUAGUCGUGAACAUUUGGAGGUGCGGGGAAUGGCGGUGUAUACGCCCAAGGGAGAAACUCGAGCUACUAUGGUUGUUGCGUAAGUAUUCUUGUUUUUACCUCCUUAUAGUUGAGAAGUGUCCUGACUGGGAUAUCACAGACCUCUUGAUGAUGGCUCCAUUUGUAUUUGGGAUAUCGGUGCGAAUGCGCCUAGAAAAGGCAGCAUUGUUGCAAGAAGCAAGUCUGGCAUUCUGGCGGAAAGUGGAAGGUCGCAGGAUCUUAAGGCAAGGUCAAAGAUGAUAAGUACAGGUGUCACAGAAUGUAUAAGUGUUGACAGUACUCUAAAGAAAGCCUAUGUUGCUGUUCAAAGUGGUAUGUGAUACUUCUACUUUCAGAUAUCAUGAUUCCCCUAAGCAGUACAUCUUUACUUAUGUCCCUAAUGUACCUACAAGGGCAUAGAUAUCGCUUUCCCUAGCGUCUUUAGUACUGACUGAAAAUGUUACAGGUCUGGUUGAAAUUGAUCUCGAGACUCUACAGACGGUAAACCAUGAAGCAUAUCCAUUUUCUAUCACUGCUCUCUCCGAGGCAAAAUACCCGACACCCCUGACUGUGGGAACCAAUUUAUCUCUCUAUCUUCACGAUUCUCGUCAAAGAGCAAACGUUGGAUCGCCGAGCCAUACGGAACGACUUGAUUCUUUCAAAGUCACAUCUGGCUCUGCAGACAAGCCGUUUAGUUUUAAAAGCCUGCUGAACCCAGAGCCAAGCUCCGACUACGCUCACCUAUAUCAGCCGGGGCCACUAAGUAUUGUGCAUCUGCCUAGUUCGGGUGAUGACUGGAAUGGUAAUGGAGAUAUUUACGUUGCUGGUCGAUUUCCUAGCAUUCUGAAUUAUGACCGUAGAAAUUUUCCCAAGCUUAGAGGAACUAUUCAUUCUGGUGCACGAUUGUCUCAAAUUGCUACACUCCCGUACCCCUUUGCAUCGAUGGAAAAGGACCUCGCCCGUCGAGGUGAACUUUCCGUUGAGCAGGUAUGGAAAGCUAAGACUAGACCAGGUAAAACCUUGAUUGCUUGCGGUGAGUAUAAUAGUAAAGGCUCGCUGGAGAUGUAUGGUCUUUGCCCUGAUCCAAAUCUUUCCACAAUAUCUUCCCAGUUUUCCGCGGGGCGGCUGCAAGAUUCUACUAUGAAGAAUCGUCAAACAUCAUCCAGCUCAAAACUAUUAUCUGUUGCCAAUCAUGGUACCCGCAUUGUUGUUUCUGACGGAGGGGGUAACCUGAAGUGGUUCGAGAGGGAUGGAUUCACCGAGUCCCGAAGAUGGAAUAUUGCCCAUGGUUCUGUUGAAGCACCAAGGGGCAUAUUUGGCACAUUGGGUGACUCUUACAUGGAUUCGGGAUCUGGAGACAUCGCGAUCAAAAUUCAGACAACUGACUCUGGGCUCGACGAACGGCUUGUCAACGAAAAUGAUCUUCUUCUGUGGACAGGAGACAAAGUAGGGCUGUUAAAUUUCUCUAGCAAACCUGGUUUCACAGCCGACUCUUUUGAAGAUACACCCAAGACUGCCGAGGAGACUCUUCAAGAGAAGGAAGAGCGUACCCACGCAGCAACUAUGAGAAGAGCACUAGAGAUGCAGGCGAAUGAGGUCAGGUACGUGAGAGGUUUAGGGCUAGGAUUAGUGUGACAUAUUUAGCGGGUUCUCCCCAAACAUUUCAUCAAUAAUGCUCACACCCAGCUGGACAUCUUGAAAGGUAGUCAGGGCCAAUCUUCCGUAUAUUCUUGCUGCACAGCAACAAAAUGGGCACAGUACAUACAGAUUAUUCUCGAUCUUUAGACCAUUUGAUAUGGUCAGGCGGUAUCUCCCAGCACAACAGGGAAUCGUGAUGCACCCUGUGAUACGGGGCCAAGUUCCCAGGGUCACAAUUCGUGAGAUGUUGACCACAGCUUUCUCAAAAGGCUCUAAUUACUAAAUGGUGAAGAUUGGCAGUACCUUGUAUGCCGAUCGGAGAAUAAGGCUGUACGAUUUCACGGAGUCCUUGUUCGAUGGAACUCAAUCUGCACUGCAAACGUGCGAGAUGAAGUUUAUAGUUAUAGGGUAAUUUGGCGGAUUGCUGGGGUACUCCUUCAGUAUGUUUUAUAGAAUCGGACGUCAAGCAUCUUUUACCUUGGCAUUAGCAUUGCAUGGAACUUCCGAGGAUUCUGGACCAGUGGAGGCAAUUUUCGGAUGAAGAUCAUGUAUGUAUCUUAUAUUUUUCGGGUCAUUUUGUUUAAAUGGGUUUGAAUGGGUUUGAAUAGUAGCCUUGUUACUCGGAUAUGCGGUCGUAUUGGUCAUAUACAUUAGACUUAUUGGUCUGUUGUGACUAGCCUACCAGGUCUAGUUCGUCUCGUACUUACAUAUCCUUCUUCAUAGGGCGGUACAACUUUAAUUAUUUAUUAUUAUCAAGCCAAAGUUGACGAGAGUUCUGGAUGGUGGCGAUAAAAUGAAAUAAUUUGUCUAGCAUUUUGUGGUUUGGUAAGGUUCGGUUAGAAAGGUUUAGAAAAGUGUAAGAUUGAUUUUAGGCCUAUCAGUUCAAACGAGGCGAACGAUUCGGCAACCAAGAUCAGAUUAAAGUUACAUUAGCGUCAGGAUUCAGGAAAUUGCUCUUGGGUUAGAGUACGGAGGAAGAGUAAGGAAGAGUAAGUAAGUCUUAGAUUCUUGCAAGUACUAUUAUUUAUAAACUAAUAACUAACUUCUAUCUAUGUAGGGGUUCUUAGUAGCAAGCGUCUAGGCAGGAAGUAGUAACUUGUAAGUAGUCUUCACACUUCUCAAUACGUUGGUUUACCCUAUGCGGAAUACGAAGUGGGAGAAAUUACUCGACUACUCUGGCUGCAUACUGUAUGCUACACUCUAUUCUACACUGUACAACGAAUCUUUUCAUCAUCACCCAGCCGCUGCACACUGC